AUGACUUGCACUGGAUGCUCCGGCGCUGUCACUCGUGUCCUCGAAAAGGCCAAACUUGACGGUGUGAAUGACUACUCCGUCAAUCUGGAUACGCAAGAAGUCAUUGUGAAGGGAAGCAUUCCCUACGAAGACGUUCUUGCCAGAAUCAAGAAGACUGGCAAAGAGGUGCGU